AUGGAGAAGUUCUUGGUCCUGAUGGUGAUGUUUGCAACAUGUUGUGCAACGCCUCAAGAUCUCUCAGGCAAAAUGUUUGUGUUUCCAAAAGAGACCAACACAGCCCAUGUCAAACUACUGACAACUAAAACCGAAUUCAACGCUGUGACACUGUGCCUCAGAUUCUUCACAGAUCUUAGCAGGAACUACGGGCUCUUCUCCUUGUCAACUCCCACCCACAGCAAUGACUUUGUACUUUUCAAAAUAAAUUCAGGGGAUGUCAUUAGGAUACAUGCUCGAGACGGGGGCACAGACUUUUUAGCGCUGUCGUUCCCACCUAACACCUGGCACUCUAUGUGUGCCACCUGGGGCUCUGACACUGGGGUGGCUCAGCUGUGGGUGGAUGGCAAGCCGACAGUCAGAAGAUUCAUCCUCUCUGGGCAGCCCAUUACUGGAGCACCCAUCACCAUCCUUGGCCAAGAGCAGGACACUUAUGGUGGUAGUUUUGAUGCAAAUCAGGCCUUCAUUGGCAUGAUCACCAAAGUCCACAUGUGGGACUAUGUGCUCUCGCCCAGUGAGAUCAAGCGCUAUGUGAACGAUGAAAACUUCACCCCAGGGAAUGUGUUCAACUGGAGAGCCCUCGAAUUUGAGAUCACAGGGCAAGUAUUGGUGGAACAAAACCAGGAUGCAUAG